AUGUCACAUAAUGCUAUAUUGAAAUGGAUAGGGUAUUUGGUGAAUGUGCCAGAAGGUACUACUUUAAAAGAUUUAAGUGAUGGUAGAAUUUUAACUAAUUUACUGAAUAAAUUGAAUCCUGAUGCUUAUCCUCAAAAAGUUUAAUCUUCUCCUUAAAAAAAUUUCUAAAUGGAUAUGUUAUGUGUAACUAACUUAGUUUAAAACUUGAAAUAAUCAAUUCCCAAUUUACCUGAAAUAAAUAGUUUAUUAAUUGCAAAGCAUUAAGAUACUACCGAAAUCAUUAAAUUGAUAUCAAUCAUUAUAAAAGUAGUUAUGUUUACUAUUGAUAGAUUAUGAUCGAAUCUCAAUUAGCUUAAGAGGCAAUACUUAAAUUAAAUGAAGAAUAAGUGCAAAAUAUUUUAUAAUUUAUCAAUUAAUAUUAAGAGGAAGAGAUUGGACAUCAACAAUAAUCUGAUAGAAAAUUACUUGAUAAAAUAGAUGAAUUAGAAGAUGAAAAUUAACAAUUGAAGUAAUUGAUAGAACAAUAGGAUAAGCAAUAAGCUUAACACUUUAAUAAAAUUAAAUAAUAAGAGCAAUUAUUAGUCUAAAAAGAGAACGAAAUUAGUGAGAUCAAAUUAUGUAUGAUAUUCAAUAUACUAUUUAGAACUUCAAAAAAAUAUUCAUAUAGAAGAGAAUAUAUCAGGAACUCUAAUAGAAAAAUUAAAAAUUCAAUUGACAACAAUCAAUAAAGAUAAAAAAGAAUUAUCAGAAUAAAAUGAAAUGUAAUUAUAAAUAUUAUUUAUUAAGGUUAUAACAUAAGUUGUAAAAUUAUUAGAAUUUAGAAAAUAUCAAUUUACAAUUAUAAUAAGAAUUAGCACAAAGAUGCAAAUAAGACAAAGUUAUAGAGGAAUUAAAAACAAAUAUUGAGAUUCUGAAAUAACAAAUGGAUUUAAAAGACUAGAAGAUCAGUAAAUUGUAGGAUUAAAUCAAACAGACAUCAUAAAAUCAAUAAAAAGAAUGUAGUAAAGUAGUAGAGUUGGAAAUGUAGAAUGAAUAGCUGAAAUAAGAAAUAGAAGAUAUUUAGAGGGGUAAAAAUAAGGAAAUUCAUUAAUUGCAUCAAAAAAUAAAUGAACUAAAAAUACAAGUAGACACAAUGCAAAUGGAGAAAUAGGAAACGUAAAGAUCAUCAGUUCAUUAUCAAUAGAGUCCAAGAUGUUUAGAUUCUGAAUUUAAAUCAUUAUUAAACGAUAACAUUGGUGGUUAUUAUUCAGAGUAAACAAUUUAAGAGUUUUAAUAAUAACUAUAACAAAAAGAGUAGUAGUUACAAUAGAAGGAAAUCCUAUUUGAUUAAAAAAUCAAGACUCUGGAGGCAAAGAUAAACAAAGAAAAAGAUACAAACAUUUAACAUAUACAAAUAGUAAAUACAUUAUAUAAUUAGACAUCUUCAUUGCAAGAGGAAAAUAAGAAAUUAAAAUUGGAACUAGAGAAAUUAAUUGAUACUAAUUAUUAGGUGAGUAGAAUACACGCAGAAAAACAAUAAAAUAUGCUCCUUAUUUCAGUAAUUGAAUGUUUGAAUGAAAAAGUUAAUUAAUUACAUUCUUAAUAGAAGGAGCAUCUUAAGAGCGAUAAGAAAAUACAACCAUAAAUUUUAUCAAGAAAUUCAAUAUCUUUAUGGAGUGCUAAAUAAUGA